CUCGUCCUUCGACUCAGGAAGUCCCAGCUGGCUUUGCUUCGCUGUUACCCGUAGAGACCCCAUUCUUCCACUUCGACCUUGCAGCCGCCGUCCGGGCAGCAGAAGAUGCAGCGUCGUAAACAAGUAACUGUCUGUCUUUCAUCUUAUAAUCAUUGUAGAACUGUAAUGAAUGUCGCAAUGUACUUGUAUACACACCUGUACUUGUAAUUCCGUGUGAGAAAUUUUUGUGCAAAGUGAUCUGAUUUUGAAAUGCAAAGGGUUGUUUUCUUUUUCUUGCACAUGCUUCGCCUUCCUCGAGUUGUACCAUGUCGUCGAUUUUCAGCUUCAAAAGUGAGCCUUGCUGGCCACAACAAAUGGUCGAAGAUCAAGCGGAAGAAGGGCGUAAACGAUGCAUCGAAAAGCGCUACAAUUAGUCGGGCCCAACGCGACAUCUUGGUAGCUGUUAGAACUGGUGGGUCAACCGAUCCCGAAAAGAAUCUGACUCUUGCUGUCACUCUGCGACGGCUGAAGGAAUUAGAUGUCCCGAAAGAUAAUAUUGAGAGGACUCUAGCGAGGGCGUCGAGAGGCAAGGACAAGGGAGGGGACGCUAUCACUUAUGAAGCUCUGGCCUUUGGCUCUGUGGGCGUUAUCAUGUGCGUAUUGUAUGAUCUGGCGAGCGGUCGGCGCUGAACGGCGGAAAAGUGAAUGUCUCAGCGACAACACGACGCGCACGGUGCA